AUGAAUAACCCAUUGACACAAUCUGUAAACAAGUUGAGACAGCAUCCCGAGUAUCUACGAUCGGUGAUUCAGCUAUAUAGGCAAUUGCUUCGGAAUUCACAACGACUAAAGAAGCUAGAUAUACCAGAUGCCUCGAUCUUGUAUGAGGAAUUGAAAAUGGGAAUGUAUGAAGCAUUUACCAAGAGAUACACCAACACGUAUCAAUUGACGCAAGCAUUUGUAAAGGGCAUUUUGGUUCAUGAUGCAUUGGAUGAUGCUGUAAGCAACGGCAAUAUCGACAAACUCAUGCAUUGUGUGCAUCAACAUCGUAAGGACUAUUUUGAUUGGAGUCAACGCAGAAGUUCCUUUUUACGGAACCGCAAAGAGUUGGAAGAUAAAAGAAUCACAGCAUUGAGGGGCAAGGAGAGCUCACUUGCCAUGUCGCGUAAAAGAGGCAAACUCAAGCUUGCAAUCCCAGACUUGUCAACUGAUGAGAGUAUACAACAAUUCAUUACCAAGGGUUUUGAAACUGCUUCCAAGAAUGGCCAAUCAUUAAUCUUACGAUAUUUGAAUCAGCUACAAUAUGCAGGCAAGAUCCCCAACCCUCAUCUUUUACCAUACACGCCAGAUACGUUGCAAACCAGUGGGGACCAAUACGACCCACAUCAUGUCAUCAAGGGACUGACGCAAAAGAUUGUUGAUAAAUCUUUUGAUAAAGAGUAUAUCGAAUCAAUCAUAAUUCCAGGACUUACUUUCGACUUGAAUGAUUUACAUAUGGAGAAAAUAACGACCAUCGUUAACAAAAAAGGCCCUUAUCGAGCAACGGCCAAGGAAAAUAAAUCAGGAACUGUUCCAUUACCGUAUGUGAUGUCGCCCUUCAAAUAUAAGCCUGGACGAAAGCAAAUGGCUUAUUUAAUACGUCAACAAGUGUUGUGGUUUCGUAUUAGAAAAAUAUGGGGAGCAACGCAUGAAUUGGAGGAGGAGAAUAGGGGCAAAGAUGGGAGUUACCCAAUCCGAGGAAGUCGAGGUUUUGGAGCCGAGGAACUAAUGAAGCCGAGAGAAUACUAUGAGAAACUCGCGUUGGGCGAAGAGGUGUUUCAACUUUUUUGUGAAAUUGAGCGACGGAGAGCAGCGGGUGGUGAUUUCAAUGAAGAAAUUGAUUUGGGAAAAUUUGAUUGGACUCGGGAUUUGGAUACUGUGAGUGAGGAAAUUGAGGCAAAAUAUAACUCCAUUUUGAGAGAAUCCAAAUUGGACUUGUCUCAGUUGCAGAAGAGCUUGCAGGAACGAUAUGAUGAAGGGUACAGAGAUAAAGUUGAGAGGUUUACCAAUUUACUUGAUCUGUUGAAAGAAAACAGGGUAUUCAAACAUAGUGAGGUUGUUACUCCACCAGGCUGCUCACUUCUCAAAAACAGUUUGCCCAGGAGCGCAACCUUUGAAAAGUUCCCUGCUGAAGAGAGAAUUGGACGUGGUAAAAUGCUAGGUGAUUUCUUGAGAGAUAAUGACUUUCGAUACUUUGAAUUUGGAAAUGAACUACGCAAAAACAUUAACGAAAUUAUGACUAAAAUUGUACAUAGAUUUUGA